GACAUUUAACUUGAGCACUUUCUACUGGUUAUUUUUACUGACUAUUAUAAUAAACAACAUAAUGAUCUUGAACAAUACACUUAAUUUGGGUUUAUUAAUCUCAUAAAUGCUGGAAGACAUAACUGGCCCAGCCAUUACCUUUAUAUAAUGCAUUGAAGAAAUAUACAAUAAUUGCUCCCUGUUGUCAAGGUUACAAAUAAAUAGUUUCAGGUGUAAUAAAAAAAGGUCAAUCUCAUGGCUUGUAAACAAUCAUAUGUAAAGAUGUGUUAAACCAUUCAUAUGAAUUCAUGAAAAUUUAAACUGACAUGACCUUCAAAUAGUAUAUUUGUGAUUGGAUUAUCUGUUAAUCUCAUUAUUAAUCCUUUGCCAGAUGCUUACACUUACUGUAGUCACAACAAUAACUUGCCAAUAAUUAGGGUCACAUGACAUGGUACAGGUAAAUAGGUGUUAAUGACAAUAUACCUGUGCUAUAUAUAUGAAUUGACUAUGUAAUUGUUGUCUCUGCGAUAUCACUUAUGUGGAAGCAGACGUUAAACACCAAGAAGAACUAAUUGUUGUCAGUAGUAUGUAUUAUAUAUGAGUGUGUUAGCCUAUAGGAUUUAUUAAAGUGAAAUUUAAAUUUAAUCUGAGCUGGUAUCAGAAUGUGUGGUGGGGGAACUCAAGUGGAGGAUAUUGGUGAGAACAAAAAAUAUGGAGAACCUAAAACGUUUGAUCCUAACUUUAAUGGUCCGUUAAAGAAUCGGUCAUGUACAGAUGUACUAUGUUGUAUUAUAUUCUUUGUAUUUAUAGCUGGUAUGCUUGCUUGCUCAAUACUUGGUUAUGUACAUGGUGAUCCCAUCAAAUUGAUAUACCCCACUGACAGUGAUGGAAAUAUUUGUGGAUAUGGAGCAUAUUCGAAUAAACCAAUGCUGAUGUUUUUUGAUUUAUUACAAUGUGCAAAGAUGGGAGCAGGCGUCAUUACGUUUGGUUGUCCAACUCCACAGGUCUGUGUGGCAAAUUGUACCAGUUCAUAUUAUGUUUACCUAGAAACCAUAGCCUUAGAAACAGCAAAUGGAGGCAUGUUGACAUCUGAACGAAAUAAAAUGUUGUGUAAAAAUAAUGUAGAUCCAACAGCUACAGCUAAUCUUCAAACAUUAAUUGAUAAUGAAGAUUGUGCUGCAUAUUACGUAGAAAACACAGAAGUUGUUGGUCGAUGUGUUCCUGCUAUAUUUAGUAAAGUAAGCGAUUUAGCAGCUAAUUUACAGACCAAUGGAUCAUACAGUUUACAGGCUCAAGAUGGUACUAAUGUUACUGGUUCUGCUCUAGAUUCAGCUAGCUAUUAUUUAGCUUUGUUUUACCAGUAUAAAGAAUAUGGUGAAUUAGUUUAUAAAGAUAUUGUUAGUUCCUGGAUAAUCUUAAUGAUUGGUUUAGGUGGAGCAGUUGUAUUAUGUUUACUAUGGAUUGUAAUAAUGAGAUGGAUUGCUGGUAUAAUGGUCUGGUUUUCUAUAUUUGCAAUUUUUGGCCUGUUUGGUUUCUCUACAUAUUACAGCUAUUCGAAAUAUUAUGAACUGAAAACACAGAAUACAACAGCUACACUUGGUUUAUCUCAAGCUUUCGCUCUUAACUUCAGUUAUUAUCUUUCUCUUAAACAAACAUGGCUGGCUUUUGGUUGUGGAUCAGCUACUAUAUUAAUUAUUCUAUUGUUAAUAAUCAUCUUUCUAUGUGCUAGAAUAAGAAUAGCCAUUGAAUUAAUUAAAGAAGGUAGCAGAGCUGUAGGAUAUAUGUUCUCUACAUUAUUAUUCCCGAUCUUCCCGUUUAUAUUUCAAAUUGCCUUUCUUGGUUAUUGGUUAGUCAGUGCAGCUUACGUUGCUUCAAUGGGAUCAGCUGAAUAUAAGGGAGAAAUUCAAAACUCAACUACAGAUGGUGUCAACUAUGUUUUAGAACGUAUACCAUGUAGUCCUAAUGGUACAUCAACAGCUAACAGUAUCUGUGAAUUUGUUAAAUAUGGGGGAGACGAGUACACAAUAUUUAUGCAGAUUUAUAUGUUAUUUAUGUUUCUAUGGGUUAUGAACUUUAUAGUUGCUAUGGGACAAAUGGUUUUAGCUGGAGCAUUCGCUUCUUAUUAUUGGGCAUUUAAUAAACCAGAUGAUAUACCUGCUUUCCCAUUAAUUGGCUCAUUAUGGAGAACAGUGAGAUAUCAUCUGGGAUCAUUAGCGUUUGGAUCGUUUAUAAUUGCUGUUGUUCAAAUGAUUAGAAUCGGCCUAGAGUAUCUGGAUUCAAAGUUGAAGGGAUCCGAAAAUACAAUUGCCAAAUUUUUUCUGAAAUGCCUAAAAUGUUGUUUUUAUUGCCUUGAAAAGAUCCUAAAGUUUAUUAAUAAGAAUGCUUAUAUAUUGAUCGCUGUAAGAGGCAAGAAUUUCUGUGCAUCUGCUAAAGAUGGUUUCUUUUUAAUUAUGAGAAAUAUUGUCAGAACGGUAGUUUUAGAUAAAGUAGCUGAUUUUCUACUUUUUUUAAGUAAGCUUAUUGUAACCGCUGCUAUAUGUGUUGGUUCAUAUUUUUGGUUUCAAGGAAGUAUUCCGUUCUUUACAUCCUAUGUACCAACAUUAAACUUUUACAUGACACCGGUUAUAGUUUUGACAUUUGCAACAUUUGUGAUAGCAUCAUGUUUCUUCAGUGUAUAUAGCAUGGCAGUUGAUACACUGUUUCUGUGCUUCCUGGAGGAUUUAGAAAUGAAUGAUGGAAGUGCAGGAAAACCUUAUUUCAUGAGUAAAGGUUUAAUGGGAAUUUUGGGAAAGAAAAAUAAAUCAACCAAUAAAAAGGAAUAAAGCUUAUGCUUUUCUUACUGAAGGAAAUCUGUGAUAAAAUUUUAAUUCUGUCCUUUUAAUGCUCAAGAGAUUUACUGUAUUUUAAAUAAUAUAUAUGUUAAACUGUAUUUUAAAGAGAUUUAAUGUAUUUUAAGGAAUAUAUUUUAAACUGCACUUUUACAUGUUAUGUAUGUAUAAUAUUUUUUUUCAGUAAGUUGUUUAAUAUUAAUAUGUAUACUAAAAUCUUAUUAUAACUAACAAAGAACACCAUUUAAAAUAAAUUAAAUUUAUUGGUUAUAUUUACUGGUGAUAUUGCUACAGUUACUCCUGAUUCAAUGCCUUUAAUAUUAUUAAAAUACUUAACCCAUGGUUCCCUUUCAUUUAACUUGUGGAUUACAAAUAUUUGUCUUUAAAUAUAUGGCCUUCUUAUCUUAUACAUUAAAGAUUUAUUAUGGGAGAUUAGAUAAAGAGCUGGCAGUUCUCACUAUAAUAGUUAAAAACUAGAUAAUGUAAAUUUCAGUCAAAUUGAUCCACUCUGAACCAAGAUUUUAGCGAUAGAAUUUACGGCCUAGCCUCGAUCAUCAUUACUAAAGUCGAAACGAUAAAAAACAUAGACUUGAUUAUUCAUUUCAUGAUUAAAUCAUGAAUUGAAGUUGAACAGCAAAUCAGAACCUAAUCCAAUAAACAUCGCAGGUUAGCGAUGAUGAUAUCGAGAGUUGAUUAUGGUCUGGAUAAGUUAAUUAAUGUCUAAUUAAUAAUUUAGAUAACAUUUCAAGCCUAAAGAAAGACCUGCAAUAGGCAGAUUUAGCUCUUGCAUAAUGUAUGUUUAAUUAAUAUUAUUAAAAUGUUUAAACAAUCUUUUGCUUUAAUUUGUGGAUAUUUUGAUGAGUGUAUGAGUGAUGAUUGUGCUAUUUUGUCAAUACUCAUGUACAAAUGUAUAUAUAAUAUAUAAAUUGAAACAAUAUAUUGUUGUUGAAAUAAAGUAAUAUCAGUGAAACAAAUUAAUAUUCUUGCACCUGAAUGGCAGCUCUGUGUUACAGAAUUACAUGAAAACUUCUCUUUUUUAAAUACUUGUUUGAAAUUUUGAAAGUGAAUUACUUUUAUUUGUUUUAGUAUAGCUUGAUAUAUGUGAUAUAUUUUUGAUAUGCUCAGGAAACAGGAAAAUAUUUUAAGUAGAAAUGUGUAAACCUAUUCUAUGUACAUAUGUCUUUCAGAUUACUCCAUCCUAUUUUUACAGUUCAAUUCAUUUUUAAAUAUUGAUUACAUGAAUGAAAUUAUUUAGAUAUAUGUUAUAUUUAUAUUAUUUAUAUGUAAAUAAAACUGUUAAAUAAAUUUGUACAAUAGUAAAGUUUGUCUUUUAACCUUAAUGUACAAGAAGGGUAAUU